AUGAGCAACAUGUCACCGUUUCUUACCCAAUCAUGCCGAAACUUUGCGAAAAAUGUAGAGCAUUAUUUAAAAAAGGCAAUGCAAGGCGCUCCCGAGAUUAUUCAAAAGAAGAAAAUCCAGGCUGUUAAAUAUAUGGCGCAAGGACUGAGAAGGUACACAUCUCUGAAUCAUCUCGCCCAAGCCGCUCGAGCAGUACUGCAGAAGCCGGACCAAGUUACUGCUAUGUACAAUGACUAUAUCAGAGUGGACAUGCAACAGGUGCAAGAACAAGCGGGGUGGGUAAGCGGAUGUGACUCGCUCAUGGUUCACCACAUCCAUAAUGCAUUCAAAGACAAUCUGCAGAAAAUGGCUCCAAUGGAAGAAUGGGCCGAGUGGCUUGAGAGCAUCGUAGAUCAAAUAUUGGCCAAAUACCAUGAUAAACCUGUACAAGUGAUCUCAGAAGUUGGAAAACAAUUCUUACUCAACUGGAGUUGCUACACGUAAGU